AUGGGUGAGUUGGAGUCGUUGGAUGCGCGGCGUUUGAUGAUGGUCUUAUCCGUUGAAACGAGACGAGAAGGUGGUUUGAUGAGGUGUUAUCAUGCCUACCGUAAUGGGUGUGGAAGGGAAUCUCAUGAUUCCCGUUGCAUGGCUUCAUCUCCAGAGAUGGGGGCUUUUCCAUUAGUGGCUUGGUAUCUAUCACGUAAAGUUUAUGAUUAG